UAGACUCAGGGAAUAAGGACCAUCAUACGAUGUGACAAAGUACCAAGAAUGGGGUAUAAAAAGAUGAACAUGACUUUGGACUGAGAACCACAACUCCCAGCAUUGCAGAUAAAGUGAAACAAUGGAGACCUUCAGACUGCACAACGUCCUUUCUUCCCUCUACAUUCUUUUCCCUUUUAUUUUUCUCGCGAACUCAGCCCACGCGGCUCCUUAUCAGACUCGCAUUCAUGAGACCGGCAGCACCUUCGGUGCUCCGGAUCCAUAUGGCCCAUGGCAAAUGAUCCCCAGCAAUCCCACUGAAGACCUGACCUACAUCAAAACUACCAACACCGGAACUGGGAGGGUAGAAGUUCACAUCGCCUCGGGUUCAUCCGGAUUCAGGACUCGCACCCUUGAAGUCGGAACAACAUUUGUCUCUGAGGAUAACGGAACUUGGCAAUUAAUUGAUGCAGACGGUGACGGCAGACCUGAUCUUGUCUACAUUAAGACCAGAAAUACUGGAACCGGUAGGGUGGAGGUACACAUUGCAUCCGCGUCAUCCAACUAUCAGACACGUAUCUUGCAAACGGGAACCACUUUCUACCCAGAGGAUAACGGAUUCUGGCAGAUGGCAGACUUCGACCAUGAUGGAAAGCUGGAUUUAAUUUAUAUCAAGACUCGCAAUACCGGUACUGGGAAGGUUGAGGUGCACGUGGCGUCGGGGGCAUCGAAUUACCAAAAGCGUAUUCAGGAUGUUGGGACGACUUUCUAUCCAGAGGAUAACGGUGUCUGGCAGAUGGUCGACUUCGAUCGCGAUGGAAAACUGGAUCUGGCUUACAUCAAGACUCAGAAUACGGAAACUGGAAAGGUUGAGGUGCAUGUUGCGUCAGGCUCGUCGACUUAUAACACUCGCGUCCAGGAGGUCGGCACAACCUUCUAUCCGGAGAUUAAUGGGUUCUGGGAACUGAGUGACUUUAAUCAUGAUGGUGUCCUUGAUCUAGUGUAUAUCAAGACGCAGAACACUGGAACCGGCAGCGUUGAGGUUCAUGUGGCGUCGGGGAAAUCAUAGUCCACACAUCGGAUGUAUAACCAGUUGAUAGUGUCAUUCGAUGAGGGAGCUGAUACUAUUGGCACAGGGUUUGCUUGUUACUAUCGCAUCCCUUCUUUUGAAUCGAUCAAUGAAGUUUGAAUUUGAAUUUGGACCCUUAAUAGCCACUAAUAUAUCAGCCAUAACAUUAUGCCGUCGCCGUAACUCCCAUGUC